UUAAGCGAUAUACUCUAUUCAUAAGUCCAUCUAUCGAUAUUUUAAUAAAUCAUCAUCACCAAAAAAAAAAAAUGGCAAAUAAGAGCUUGAUUAAGAGUAUUAACAAAAAUUCAAACUCUGCAGUCGGAGCUAUCUCUGAAGAACAUCGGCGUAUCUGGGUGGGGAACCUUGAUUCACGCAUCAGCGAGUUUCAACUUCUCAAACUAAUGCAAAAAUGCGGUGCUAUUGAGAAGUUUGACAUGUUGUUUCACAAGGGCGGCCCAAUGGUGGGACAGUCGCGAGGAUAUGCAUUUAUCACAUUUAAACACAACGAAGGCGCCACAAAUGCACUUAGAAAACUAGACGGAUCAAAUGUUGGUAGUCGUUCCAUAGCUGUCCGUCUUGCCAAGAACAUAAAAUAUGAUGAUCUACAAAGGCCCAAGCCUCGUAUUGAAAUACCCGCACUUGGCAGCGGCAAGCGCGAGGAUAAGAUUAGCAAAGCAGAGGCUAUUCGUGCCAUAGAAGCCAAGCUUAAAGCUCUAGAGCGACAGACGGAUGAUAAUUUGGAAUUGAACACCACCGGACGCGAGCACAAUAUGCCCAUCAUUCAUCGUUACCAAUAUAACAAGAGUCGAGAUGAUGCACAACGUGCUGGACCAUAUGGCAAAUACAAUAAAUCUAAAGCAUCGGCACCAUAUAUGCGUCAGCUUCCCAAACGACACUAAUUUAAACCUAUGUAAUAUCCCCCAGUACUUACAUAAUUAAUUUAUAAAUUGAAU